AUGUUCAGGGUUUUAAAGUUGAAAGAGCUAAACUCUGACGCCGGCUGCGGUUACUUUAUAGCCGUUAUAUUCGUUGAUUAUCGUAAUUUGGUCAAAGUUGGUGCUGUGCAAGAGGUGAUCAGGGUUAUCAACGUUGUGCAUAUAAAUCAAAUUGCAAAAAAAAUAAAUGCAAAUGCAAAGCAUCUGGCAUUUUAUGCAGUGGCGUUAUUUGGACAUUUGCACAUGCAGGAAGUUAACGACAUACGUACAUACAAGGAAAGCCAACAAUGCUGCAAAUCUGACGAUAAAUUGUAUUCCCAACAACUGUUAUACACAUAUAAUACGUCACACGUCGUUUUUUCUAUUCUCGUGGGAUUUCGUUCAUUCGGCGUGAUAACACUCGGCGUCGGAACUCACGGAAUAACAAAUUGUUGGCGUGUCGACCGGUCUGUCAUGAAAUCACACAAACGUUUUUGGACACGAUUGCCAAUAAUAAUUACCGCCGUAGUUUAA